AUGGAGGGCCUUUUCUUUAACGCCAACAACGGCUAUCUCGAGGGCAUUGUCCGCGGCUACCGCAAUGGCCUACUCACCACGCCGGCCUACAAUAACCUGACACAAUGCGAGACGAUCGAUGACCUCAAGCUCCAGCUGGGGCCAGCUUAUGGUGACUUCCUGGCUUCCCUGCCUCCGAAUCCCUCAACCUCCAGCCUUGCCGCCAAGACGACCGACAAGCUCAUCUCUGAAUUCCGAUAUGUACGUGCCAACGCCGUUGGCUCGCUUGCCACAUUUAUGGACUACGUUACGUACGGCUACAUGAUUGACAACGUUGCGCUCCUCAUUACCGGAACGCUGCAUGAGCGCGACACCCGCGAGCUGCUGGACAGAUGCCACCCCCUCGGCUGGUUCGAGACGAUGCCUGUUCUCUGCGUCGCAACCAACAUCGAGGAGCUCUACAACAGCGUCCUGAUUGAGACGCCCUUGGCCCAAUACUUCAAGGGCAGUCUGAGCCACCAGGACCUCGACGAGCUCAACAUUGAGAUUGUGCGCAACACUCUGUACAAGAACUACCUCGAGGACUUUCACAACUUUGUCAACACGCACCCCGAUAUGGCAGGCACACCCACGGCUGAGGUCAUGUCCGAGAUGCUCGAGUUCGAGGCGGACCGACGAGCCAUCAACAUCACGCUCAACUCGUUUGGCACCGAGCUCUCGAAGGCCGACCGCAAGAAGCUGUAUCCCAACUUUGGCAAGUUGUUCCCCGAGGGCACCCUGAUGCUCUCCCGCGCCGAUGACGCCGAGGGUGUGCGCUUGGCUGUGGACGGCGUCCACGACUACAAGACCUUUUUCGAUGCCGUGUCCGUAGGUGGAAGUUCUGGCGCCGGGAACAUGGGUGGCGGCAGCACCGAUGGCAAGAGUCUUGAGGAUCUGUUUUACCAAAAGGAAAUGGAAAUCUCCAAGAGUGCCUUUACAAGACAAUUCACAUACGCCAUUGUCUACGGAUGGGUCAAGCUACGAGAACAGGAAAUCCGAAACAUUACUUGGAUUGCUGAGUGCAUAGCUCAAAAUCAAAAGGACCGCAUCGGAAACUUUAUCAGCGUCUUCUCCUAA